GUCACAGUAUGCGGUUUCGGACGCAGCCAACAGCAGCAACAGCAGCAGCAGCAACAACAACAACGACAACUUCCCGACAUGCAAUGCGGCGCGCCAAUUCGUGUAUACAGUGAGGAAGUGUAUGUUAAAGUCACUUACUAGCCUAAUGUGAACUAUUUUCUCUGUUAUUAUCCAAGUCCCUUGGAUGCUGUAAGUCUUUUUCGUUUUAAAAUCCAGCGGUCGUAGUGACGGUUAAUUUAAUCUAUAUAGCAUUAGUCUUUAUUGCUCUUAAUGUUAGUUUGUUCAUAGCCAGACAAAGAGGUUAAAUGGGCAUAUAACGUUAGUCCGAGGAAAACCUCCUUUGUUUUGCCUACACAUGUUUACAUCAAAAGCAGAGGAUUACACUUGGGUCACAGAGCAUCCCCGAAGGAUGAGCAGCAGGACAAACAAACCAGCUGAACUCUUUGAAGAUUUAUGGAGGCAGCUUAGAGAGUGCCACCAGAAUGCACUACAAGAACUGGAGGCAAAAGUGAGGAAGCUGAAAAGGGAGCGCUGUUUAGAUGCUGAGAAGCUUGAGGUAUUUCACAGUCGCAACCAACAGCUGAAAGAGCAAAAUGAAGCCCUGCAGAAUGCCAUUGGUCUUUUGGAGGAAAGGUAA